AUGGAUUUACAAAACAGAGCAGAGAAUAAUGAUCAAUUUCGCUGGUGUCAAGCCCCAGAUUGCACUUGGCAACGCGAUAUCGACGAGGCUGAACGCUUCUACGCAACCUUUUGCAGAAAGCCAGAUGACCCGGAUGCCGCGUCUUUCCCUGUCACUUGUCAUGCUUCAUUUUCUGUCCCCAUUUCUGAGGCCGGCGGAUCAUAUGAAGCAACAGCCGAGAAGAUCACGGACGCGCUUCGUACUGCUUGGCUUGCGCUCUGUCACGAGUCCCCAACACUCGCCUCAUGGAUCCAGUAUGACUCAUCGGCAGGUGCUUGGAAAAGGAUGUAUGCGCCUUUGAAUGGCUCUGAAGAUUCUUCAACUGUGUCCGCUUGGCUGUCCCAGACUUUCAAGCAAGUCAGUCUAGAUACCAACGCCGAAUGGUUCAACCUGAACCCACCAGUCUUCAAGUUUGCUACAUUGUUCGUGGUAGUCUCCCCUUCCGAUCAGGAUGAUUUGGUCCAUAGAAAAGUGUACUUGCGUUGCCCCCACGACUUGGUUGAUGGAAUGGGUAUACUGCAUUUAACUCAUCGCUUCUUUGUAUUGGCCAACGAGAGUUACCAAGGAGGGGCUUUAAACACGAGAUGGGAUGGGCAUGAAGCUGCAUAUCUUUCGCCACCUCUGAGCACUGCGAUUGGAAUCCAAGGCCAACCUACUGAUGCGCAGCGUCAAGCCUAUAAUGAUCUUAUGGCAAGAAAUGCUACACUCCAGACAGAAAAACCGCUGCUCGGCCUGAUGCUUAGCGAUAAUCCCGGGCGGGCCGACCGCAUUCAACGCAUUUCCUUCUCACUCCCAAAGAGCUUGACUGCCGAACUGGUCAAAAAGUCCAAGCUUCAAAGCAUCACAAUAACCCAUCUAGUCAGCGCAGCCCUUACUCUGGCGUUGCGUGACCUCCAGUCUUUCCCGCCAGGAACUCUAGGAGUGAGGUACUGCAAUCAGUCCAUCGUAAAUCUCCGUGGCCUCUGUCUCCCGUCCCAAGAUCCAUUAGCCGUCGGAAACUACCAUAUGAUUGCGGCUCAAUCAAUGGCGAUUGACCUAUCACCCACCUUGUGCCACAACACUAACAAUGGCAGCGAAGAAGAAUUGAUUUCAGUCGCAAAACAAUUCCGAGAUUAUUACGCCGCCAUUCGUCCAGUAUCUAAGCCUAUGGACCAAGAUCUUCUUUCGUUCAUUCCCAUGACCUGGGACUUGUUCACGCCAAAGCCGACGACACAGCCUCCGCCUCAACAGCAGGUCGCCUCCGUAGCUAUCUCGUCACUUGGAAACAUUUCCAACAUUGUGAAAACUGAAUACGGCGCGUUUUCGCUGACGGCCGCCUGGGUCGCUGGUGAAACACUGGGAACGGGCAUCAGCACCUUCAUUCAGACCUUUGCAGGCGAGCUGGGGUUCUCGACUAUUUUCAACUUGGCCUUUCACCAGCAAGAGCGCAUUGAGACGCUUCAGGAGCUAGUCUUGAAGAAGUUGACGGAACUAUCCCAGCGACUCUAA